CCUUCUAAUCUUUUAAAGUGUACUCGUCACGUGUGACCCUCAUAUGUUUUUUAUGUAGAAUAUAAAUAAACUAGCAUUUUAUGUUGAAUACCAUAAAUGUUUAAAGAUGGAAAGUGCAAACAAAGAAAUGAAAAGCAUGGGAGAAAAAAUAAAACAAAUGGGAGGACCAUUUGUGUAUGAUAAUGUGAAUUGGCCACCUUUUCCGGGUUUGUGUCCUGAUUCGGAACAAAAAUUUAAAGACAUACAAGAUAUGGAAUGUCUUGAUACUGAUGUUUAUCUUUGCUCCUUUCCAAAAGCAGGAACAAACUGGACACAUGAAAUUUUAUCCAUGUUAAUGUCUCAAUCGACAAGCUAUAACUUGUGGGUAAAAAAAUUGGGCCUUUUAGAAAUGUGCGACCCUAUAGAUAGCGUUACGAAGAUGCCAUCACCAAGACUUCUCAUGACACAUAUGCCAUAUAGAUACCUCCCUAGUCAGCUUCAAAAUGGAAAAGGAAAGAUAGUAUAUGUUCAGAGAAAUCCUAAAGAUCUCUUCGUUUCCUUGUACAAUUUUGAAAAGGGGAAAUUAGCUAUUGGAAACCAUUUGUCGUGGGAGAAUUUUUUUGAAAAGACAGUUAUAAAAGACGAAGGGGCUCUUUACGGCGGAUGGUAUGAGUAUACUAAAGAAUGGGAAAAGCAACUAAGUCAUGAUAACAUCUUACAGUUGUAUUAUGAAGACAUGAAAAAGGAUUUAGUUGGAAACAUCUUAAAAAUAGCAGAUUUCCUUGAAACAUCCUGUUCCAAAGAACUAGCAGAAAGUAUAGCUGAUAAGUGUAGCUUUGACAAUUUGAAGGCCAACAGAUUAGACCCAACAUCAUUUCUUACAGAUGGUGGUAAAUCAACACUUUUUAGAAAGGGUCAAGUUGGUGAUUGGAAGAACUGGUUCACGGUUGCUCAAAAUGAAAUAUUUGACAGAAAUUACAGGGAUGUCAUGAAAGACACGGUGCUAAAUUUCGUCUAUGAAUUAUGAGUAUUACUAGUGAAGAAUUGUUUCGUUGUCAAUGAUGCCAUAUCUUGUUAUUUUUAAAUUUAGGAAUUCGAAAUAAAAGUCAUUAUAAUGAAAACA